AAUAUCGAUAGGGAUUUGUGUGUUUCUACUGCCGUUUCGAUUUCAUGCACUACAAUCAGUGCUGUGCAACGUUUUCGGGCCAUUUUAAAUAAGAAACCGUUUCAAAAUCAAGUUGUAAGAGUAUACUAAAAUUAUGUCUUACCGUAUAACGUCCGUUACUAGGACCACAGAAGUGAACCCAGUAGAGUUGAAAGAAAUAAUACUGAAGCUAUCGACCAAUAAAACGCCCCUAGCUGGCGUCGUACUAUCGGAAAAGACCUUAACGAAUGUGUGCAUGGCUGCGCGUAGUCUCUUUCUCAGCCAGCCAAUGCUAUUGGAGUUAAGUACACCCAUUAAGAUUUGCGGCGACAUACAUGGACAAUAUGAGGAUUUGCUGCGCAUAUUCAAGAGCUGCGGAUUUCCACCGCAAGCCAAUUAUCUGUUUCUCGGCGACUAUGUGGAUCGAGGACAACAGUCCAUUGAGACGCUGACGCUGCUGCUCGCCUACAAAAUCCAAUAUCCGUUGACAUUUUUCUUGUUGCGCGGGAAUCACGAGUCGAGUGAAGUGAAUCGCAUUUACGGCUUCUUCGACGAGUGCAAGCGCCGCUACAGCAUCAAGCUGUGGCGCACCUUUGUCGACUGCUACAACUGUAUGCCAGUGGCCGCCAUUAUCGAGAACAAAGUCUUCUGCUGUCACGGAGGGCUAAGUCCGGAUCUCGAUGAUGUCAGUGUCAUACGUCAAAUACCGCGACCCAUUGAAGUGCCGCCGCACGGACUGCUCUGCGAUCUGCUCUGGGCGGAUCCCGAUAACAAUAUCGAGAAUUGGGGUGAAAAUGAUCGCGGCGUCAGCUUCACCUUUGGCGCCAACAUUGUCAACGCCUUUCUCGAGGCGCACAAUUUCAAUUUGAUGGUGCGCGCCCAUCAGGUGGUCGAAGACGGAUACGAAUUCUUUGCCGGACGCAGACUGGUCACAGUCUUCUCGGCGCCCAACUACUGCAACAUGUUUGACAACUCCGCUGCGGUGAUGAUGAUAGAUGCGGCGUUAGUUUGCCGAUUUGUGAUCAUUAAGCCGAAGGUAGUGGCGCCAACCAGUGCCAACAGGAUCUCAGAUUCUACAAUGUGA